AAGGCACAGUAGUUUGGCCCUGCUCUAGCUAGUGCUGGUUCAUAUUCUCUCUCUCUCUCUCUCUCUCUCUCUCUCUCUCUCUCUCUCUCUCUCUCUCUCUCUCUCUCUCUCUGGUUAUUUAAGCAAGAACUUUCCCUCCAAAGAUGAGAAGUGUGGUUUUGUGUGUACACGUGUGAGGGGCACUCCAGAGAGUUCUGAAACUGUACCUCUUUCUUUUCAGACAUCUGAAUUCUUUCACACACAAGGCUUUUCUCAUCUUUGCUUCUCCCAAAACACUUGGAGUGAGGAAAACUUCUACACUGGUCAAGCAGAAGAUACAGCAUCCAUGUACUGAAGGGAAUCAGUUGAGCGGCUUCUUGAAGCAUAAAGGGCGGGACUUCACACUCAAUCUGGAGCCAGUUGAAUUUGUAAGCACAAUACGAUUUAGAGUCAUGGGCUGUGGCAGUUCUUCAAUAAAAAUUAACAACACUGAGAAAGCGCUGAAAGCCGCAUUAAUCAUCCAAACCUGGUACCGACGGUACAGAGCCCGACUGAGGGUUAGACAACAUUAUGCCCUCGCCAUCUUCCAGUCUAUCGAAUAUGCUGAUGAGCAAGGCCAAAUGCAGCUGUCCAACUUCUUUUCCUUCAUGUUGGAAAACUACACAAAGACACCCAAGGAAGAUUCAGCAUUAGUAAGUCGACUUCUUGAAAGCACCAUUCAAGAAAACAAGGCUAGACAGGACUAUGUGAGUUUGAUAGAAGUGCCUGACUCUUAUGAUGGUCCUCGGCUGCAAUUUCCUCUCACGUUUACUGAUAUUGAUUUACUUCUUCAGGCCUUCAAGCAACAGCAGACACUUCAUGCUCAUUAUGUCUUAGAGGUGCUAUUUGAAGCUAGGAAAGUCCUGAAGCAAAUGCCGAAUUUCACUCACAUCAAAACCUUUCCCUGCAAAGAGGUAACAAUCUGUGGUGAUUUGCAUGGGAAAUUGGAUGAUCUUUUGUUGAUCUUCUAUAAGAAUGGCCUGCCUUCAGAGAACAAUCGGUAUGUUUUUAAUGGUGAUUUUGUAGAUCGAGGGAACAAUUCUAUGGAAGUCCUAAUGAUCCUGUUAGUUAGUUUUCUUGUCUACCCCAUGGACGUGCAUCUGAACAGAGGGAACCAUGAAGACUUUAUGAUGAAUCUCAGGUACGGCUUUACAAGAGAAGUCUUACAUAAAUACAAGCUACAUGGAAGAAAAAUCUUGCAAAUAUUGGAAGAAGUCUAUACCUGGCUCCCAAUUGGUACAAUUAUUGACGAUGAAAUCCUGAUCAUACAUGGAGGGGUAUCAGAGUCCACAGAUUUGAAUACACUCCACUGCUUACAAAGAAAUAAAAUGAGAUCUGUGUUGAUGCCACCAAUGUCGAUAAAUCGAGAGCAUGCCAUUGACUUAAAGAGAAAUAAAGCAGGUUCGAUCACUGGGGUACCCAGGAAGGCUGAAUUAGAGAAAUCCUCUUUGGAACAGCUAACAAAGCAGGAAUGGGAACAAAUUGUUGAUCUUCUGUGGAGUGACCCCAAAGGAAGAAAAGGCUGUUAUCCAAACACAAGCCGAGGAGGGGGCUGCUAUUUUGGACCAGAUGUUACCUCCAAGAUUCUUAGCAGAAACCAGUUGAAGAUGCUCAUUAGGUCUCAUGAGUGUAAACCCGAUGGGUAUGAAAUCUGUCAUGAUGGAAAGGUUAUUACUGUAUUUUCUGCUUCUAAUUAUUAUGAAGAAGGCAGCAACCGAGGAGCUUACAUCAGAGUAGGUUAUGGUACAUUUCCACAAUUUUUCCAGUACCAAGUAACUAGUACAUCAUGCCUGAGCCCUCUUCACCAAAGGGUGAAUGCUAUGGAAUUCAAUGCCUUCAAGAUAUUAAAAGAAAGAAUGCUUUCACGAAAAACUGAUCUCAUCAAUGCUUUCCAGCUCCGUGACUAUGGUAGAUCAGGGAAGAUUUCACUGGCCCAGUGGGCUUUUUCUAUGGAGAGCAUUUUGGGGCUGAACUUACCAUGGAGAUCUCUGAGGUCACACCUGGUAAACAUCGACAGUGAUGGAAAUGUUGACUACAUGUCCAGCUUCCAGGAUGUCCACAUUGAAAAGCCUGUGAAAGAGAUGAAAUCUAGUCUAAUUGAAACUUUGUACAGAUACCGAUCUGACCUGAAAAUCAUAUUUAAUGUCAUCGACACUGAUCACUCAGGUAUGAUCUCUAUGGAUGAAUUCCGGACCAUGUGGAAACUUUUCAAUACUCACUACAAUGUUCAUAUUGAUGAUUCCCAAAUUGAUGAGCUUGCCAACACAAUGGACUUCAACAAAGAUGGAAGCAUAGACUUCAAUGAGUUUUUAAAAGCUUUCUAUGUAGUACAUAAAUAUGAGAAGCCAGACAGCCAUCCUGAUUAAGAUGAACAAAAACUUCUUCCAGCCUCCUUGAAAACAGCUGACCCCAACUUCCAGUCUUAACCAGGGCCCUUGAAAUCCAUUGUAGUAGAGAAAAGUAGAGCCUUAUUUACACUGCAGGCAGAUGCACAGUGUGAGUGUUGGUAGCCCUUAGCAAAUCAUUAUUGGUAAGACUAGGUUAAAUAUCAGUGAUGAAAUAUACUUCCAGUAUUGGGAUCCAUACAUUGCCAGUGAUAAACUAGGCUUGAGCUUAGUGCUGGUCUCAGAUGAUACCUAAUCAGGAGGCUAGAGCAAUUUGGAAGCAUCCUGAAGAACCCGCAUAGCAGGAGAGAAUACCAUUAGGUAAUAUCUGUGAGUGGCUGAGGAGGAGAGGAAUGCUAAACUAUUAUUGAAAUAAAAUAUUUCCAUCAUCAAACUGUAAUCAUUUUUGGAGAUUCCAUAACCAACCAUCUUCAGUGGGGGACUACCUUCAGGGAUGAGGGCCAUAUAAGAAUCUGAGAAAGACUGAGAACGAUAGUACCUCUAUUUUUCAUGUUUGCUGGAAAUAUAAAGUCAGUAUGUUCAGAUUGAGUCUUAUAAUUAAUGUGGUCUGACAACUUGACUGAUAAGACAGGGCCCUGGUUAUGUACACUAUACAACUUAUUCUGCUGUUCUGAUUGUAUAUCAAACAAUUUAUUUCUGUCUAAGGGUGAGGUUAUAUUUCAUUAUUUUUAAAGCUUUAGAACUCAAGAUCAAGAAACAAUCCAGAUCAUACAAGCCUGCCUGCUACAUAUAUCAGAAAUAAUGGAUGAACUGUACCAGGUAUCUUUUGAAAUGACUAUCUAAUCUUAUAGAAAAGCAAAAGAAACCCUCAGGGGCAGGAAAAUGGUAUAAUUGAAAUCGUGGUAAUACUAGCAUCAGACAAGAUAGGUUUUAAUGCUAUCGAUGUAAAAACGCAACUUUCACCUCAAAGAAUAAGUGAUAAUUUAUUUAACUAUGUAUGGCCAUGCCCAGAAACCUAUCUUACCUCCAAUUCUAUGUUCUAACAUAGCAACAGUUUCAUAAAGUUUUACAGUGAAAAAAAAAAGAAAGUUAUAUAUCAAAACACAUUAAUACAUUGGUGGAAACAUUGAUUAUGAGGGUUAUAGCAAAGUGUGGAAUUCUCCAUCAUAGGCCUCACACACUAUCGAUGACACUGUUAGAAUGGAUUGAUGGAAGCUAGCGGCUUGUUAAAAAUACAUCCAUACUGGUUUUUUUCAUUCUUUUUUAAAAUUAAAAUGUAAUUACAUCCUGUUUUCCCUUCCCUUUCCACCCUGCAACCUCUCCCAUAUAUGCCCCCCCCUCCCUGCUCUCUCUCAAAUUCAUGGCUUCUGUCAAACUUAGGAAUGGGUAAUGCAUGACUUUUAAAGGGACUGAAAACAGCCCAAAAUAAUUUGACUUGGGCUGAAACAUUUGAAUUUUCCACAAUCACAAAAUGAAGGCAUUUGGCCUUGUAUAAUCUUUAUCACGGGUGCACCUCUUUUUUUUCCUCCCCCAUGGGAACUUCAGUUCACAAUACAAAGAACACUGUUGAGGACUUAAAGAUCAUUACUAAAUGCUAAAAAGAAUAAUUCACCAGGAAGAAAAAGUAAUUUUAGAUGUAUGUGCAUCUAAUAGCAAAGCUUUCAAAUGAAUGCAGAAAUUUGCAUACGUGCUAGGCUAAAUUGAUAGAGGAAGCUUUGUGAUAUAUCUUUUCAAUAAUUUGUUAUGGAAAUAUAAAAUAAAUGUAUGGAAGAUUGGACAGCCUAACUAAUUAACCUGAUGUGUCAUGUGAAUGUAUAUGAAUGUAUGUGUAUAUUCUAUAUAGAUAUGUGCAUGUGCAAACACGUUUAUGGGACUAAAAUCAGUUUUUGAAACAUGAUUUUUAAGAUCAACUCUAAAUAAUACACAUUUUAAGUACACAGAAACAUUUAUCAAAAUAGACCACAAUUACUAAUCAAUGAGAAACAUUAUAUUCUCUGAUUCUAAUGCAAUUAAAUUCAAAAUAAAUAGGUACAAGGCCCUAGGUUUGAGCCCCAGUACUGAAAAAAAAGUAAAAAGCUAGCCAUAUUAAUGGAGACUAAAAAGGGAUAUAGCUAUAGAUUUAUCAUAAAACUUUAAAAAGUUCACAAGAAUUUUGUAACUUUAUACUAAAUUUUAACAACAACAACAACAAAAUAACUGCUACAUGAAAACAUUUUGGUUGCUGAGAUAAAAUACCUUUACUGAAAGAAUCACAGAGGAGGAAAGGGUUUAUUUGGCUUAAAAUUCCAGGUCCCAGUCCAUCUUUUCAGAGAAGUCAAGGCAGGAAGUCAAACAGCCAGUCACUCACAAUGCAGUCAAGAGCAAAAGAGAAUAUACACACUCUUGCUUUCGUGUGCUGGUUUUCACAUAGCUUUCUCCUGUCUCAUAUAGCUCAGAGUCCUCUGUCUAGGGAAUGGUGCCAUCCAUUAUGGGCUGGACAGCAGCUAAGGAAAAAAAAAAAAACAAAACCUGAGGUCGUCAACUCCUUUCCUCUUAUCUCAUAUUAAAACUGUACAAAACAUAUUACAACUAUAAAAAAAGUGUAUAAAACUCCUUUCCUCUUAUAUUAAAACUGACUGAUAAUGCAGGGUUUGAGAAAUGUCUAAAGCCUCAGGCGGGCUCAGAUGACCGUUUUUGUUAUUUUGUGAAUAUCAUUUGGUUAUUUAUUCUCAGAGUUUUUUUUUUUCUGGAACCCUAGAAAAACCAUAUAGAUGUAGUUGAUGCUCAUGCUCAGAGCUCAUACUUACCAGUUUUCCUGCUCACUAAAACUUAUUUCCAAAAUUAAAAUGUGCAAUCAUGUGAAAAGGUGGUGAAAAAAAUAGUCAAAUGCAUGGUUCCAGUUGAGGUGAAACAAGAUGAUACUCUGCCUUUCUGUUUAAGCUUUCAGAUCAUAACCAAGUGUCCUUCUAGAGAUAAACUUACACAUCACGCUUUUCAUGUAGGUAUGUGUAUGUGUGUGUGUGUGUCUUCGAGAGUUUGCUAUUGAAAAUGGCUUCCAAGCUAGUAGUGAAGUGUUGCCUAGUAUUCCUUAAGUGUAAGAAAGCUGUGAGGUACCUUAUGGAGAAAAUACAUGUGUUAAAUAAAACUAAUUCAAGCAUGUGUGAUAGUACUGUUGGCAUGAAUUUAGUGUUAAUGAAUCGACAAUACACAGUAAAUGAAUUAUAUUUAAAGAGAAAUACUUGUAAAACAAGGUAUAUAUUGAUCAGUUCAUAGAAAUGGUGGCCAAAGCCUGACAGGAACCCAACCCUAUAUUCCCCAAGGAGCAUUCUUUCAGUAUUUGCUAAUCUAGUGUUCACUUAUGAUAUAGAGAUCCAAAAUACUAUGAAUAAGGAGAAUCAAGUGGGUUCUCCAACGAUUUUCUCCUUUCUUUUUUAAAUUUUGCUUCUCAAGGGCAUCUAUUCAUUCAAUUCGUUGUGAAUUACUUAGGGGUAUUUAUUGAAUAAUUUGUUUGUUUUUACUCAUUUAUAAUGACACUUCUGUCAUAUGGUAGGCUCCUACAUGCAUGUGACUCUCAUUUUAGGCUGCUUGUUACCAUCCACUGAUCUGUGGAGGUAUUUUCUCACAAAUGUUUCAUGUAUUGAAUACUAUAGCUUUAUAAUUUUCUUGCUUUCUGGUACCAUGAACCCUGCCCUCACCUGGAUUCUUCAAAUUUUUUGGUCCUUUUACCCUCUGUACACACAUUAGAAUCAGCUUGUCAAAUUUGUGAAAUUAGCUAUUGGAGUUUGAGAAGAAUUGUAUCAUUUAUAAAUUAGCCUUUACUGUAGUGACUCUUCCUGCUCAUAAACAUGACAUAUUUUCUAAUCAUUUUAGAAUUUGGUUACCUACUUUAAUGAAGAACUUUAGGUCAUUUCUGUAAUCUUUAAAAGAGAUUUAUGCUGAGGAGGAGUACCUGAGAGGGUUUGGAAAGAAGAAAGGGAAGGGGAGAAAUGAUGUAAUUAUAAUCUCAAAAAAAUUAUUCCAAGAUAUGCCAUGUGAG